CUAGCAGGCACACACACCGAACUCACACUACCUCGAUCCUGACCGCCUCCACAACACACGACCAGCUCACCUUCGCACGACUACACGCGCGCCAUCAACCUUAUCCUUUUCUCCCUUGCCUCCUUCCCCUUUUCUCCAGCUUGGUGCGACCUUGGCCGUGGACGUCUUACACAAUUCCAGUGUUUACUGUCUCUUUGCCCCGCCAUGCCCUGCUUCAAGGGUCUUGCCGUGAGUAUACACACUCCGGACGGCCCGAUUUCCGAAUACUCGAUCCAGCGCCAAUCACGAGCCUCUCGCAUAGCUUGCUAUAUCCCUGUACCGCCUCCCAAGCUACCUGACUCCGGAUCGGGCCGACCUGAACAAUCGACUUUCGCCAUCUCGAUCACACUCUUGAACCCCGGUCAAGAUGUACCUUAUUCCACUCCGAAAGCGACACCCGACAACCCUGCACCCAGGCCGAAGAUAGUUGGUGGGCUCCCUGGCCCGACCGAGAUGCGCGGCCACUACUCUAGCAUGGUUAUUCCUUACAAGCCGUUGACCAAUUCGCCAAACGAGACGGUCGCUGCGUACAUCUACUUCGAUGGUCGGCAAAAGGAGGAAGUGGCCACGCUUCUACGGAGAGGCGAGGAGACCUGGGUCAACUCUCGAUGGGUUAGUGUCCCAGAUUCAGAGGGCGGUGGCCUGGCCGAACGGGAAUUCCUCUUCCGUGAAGUUGGACUUGAGAGAUGGUUAAAUGGCCUAGACCUUGACGGGAAGGAUGCGGCGGCCAAGAUCGAGCGACGAAGGCAGAAGAUGGAAAAGCGUCGCCUGAAGCGCAAUGAGAUUGGCGGUAUGGACACGGAUGCUAAGUCGCAGAAGGAGAGAGACAUAAUGCGGUACGGAAAUGAUUCGAAGUCUCCGUUGGAGGAUGUCUCCGAUGAAGACAUGUCGUUCUCUGAUUCCGAUGACGAUCCGAUCCCCGAGUCUGCAGGGCAAAUCAAAGUUGCACUCUUCCGUGUCCUAGCCUCCGGCGAGGUCAAGCGGGGAGAGUACUCGCCUCAGUUUGAUGCUCACGAUGAUGACGAUGACGUCUCAGGCGGCAAUGACAACAGCGGCGCAUCCGACGCCAACGUUGACCACACUACGAGCUUUGCUAAACCGAAAACACUCGAUCCCAAGACAAUCAGCACACAAACCGUGACGAGCAUCGAUGCGACUGAUAAGCCUUACGCCACUUUCACAUUCAUGUACCGUGGAGAGCGACAACUGCAGAAGAUGGGAAUCCUCAAGGAUGCCAAAGUGCAGGAAACUCCCGGGUCUGCCAAGCGUCGGUCGAUACAGCCUGAUUUCUCCAAUCUUGGUCCGCUCAAGCCUGGCGGCACCGUUGGUUUCCUGAAUUUCCGCGAGAACACAGAAAAUAAUAGGAGAGGAAAGAAAAAGAAUGCGGGCGACGAUGACAUGGACAGCGAUGACGAUGACGACAACUCCAUCCUCGGUAAAGCGGACGCUGAAGAGGGCAAGGAUGAUGAUGUGCACCUGUCACCGGAAGAGCUCAAGCAGCAGGGUGAAUUAGCGGAGAGCAUUCGAAAGAUCAAGCUCAAACGCCAACACUCGUCAGCGUCACUGGCAACCAACACUCCUCCGACCGAUACUGGAAGCCCUCGAGCAGCUGGAGACACAGCACCGUCUUCGAACCUUUCCACAACACCUCCGAUCGUGCCCCCGUCGACUGCCGCCACUGAAGUCCCGAAGCCAGCGACCAACACGGUCGAUGGUGAAUUUGUUGGCAGUCCUCUGAAGAAACAGCGAGCCAGCGUCUCACAAGCGGAUGAAGAUGUGAUGCGCAGACGGAUGGAGUCGGGGUUGUCUCAUGAGAUUACCAACAAUGAUGCUCCACAGCCCGCUGUAAAUGCGGCCACCACUACCAAUGCCGCCGGGGCCGCGAACCAUCCACCACAUGAUUCAAUGGCUACCGAAGAGGAAGAGCUAUAAGCUCGU